AUGUCUUCAGACGGCGCAGCAGCCAGCUCGCCAUCCUGCUCGAUAGGCGGUCAUUCCAACACCCCCCUUUUUAUGACAAGAAUUUCUAUCUCUUCAUUUGACUUCGUUCUUUCCAAGGCUGUCCUUCUCUUGCAUUCUCUUCACUUCUCCACUCACACAAAAGUUGGAAAGCACCUCUCCUGCAAAAUAUCGUCUGAUACACCUUCCUAUACGUUCACGUUCAAGUAUGUGAAUGAACAAGAGGUCAUUGCUCUCGGGGUCACCCUUCCGAUCGUCGGUAUUUUUAUUGUCGGCUUGCGAUUUCUUACUCGGCGUCUCCAGAAUACUAAGAGGGGUGUCGAUGAUUGGCUAAUAUUGAGCGGUCUCAUAUGGCUGAUUGGAAUGGGAAUAUGCUUGAUUGAUGGUAGGGCCCAUAAUGGAGCCUUUGGUUCACCAACUCCGGCAGCACCAUCGGAUUUCUCCCCAGAAGAAGAAGAACUCUACACCGAUCCCUCAACUACUUUUGGCCAGAAGAUAUUCAUGAUAUUAGCAUAUGGUUCCAUCAAGUUGAGCAUUAUUGCAUUUUAUCGCCGAAUCUUUGUCGUUAGCAAAAACGAUGCAUUCAACCGUGUCUCUAAGAUCUCCGCUGCCGUAAUAUUCCUUUGGACAGUUGCCUUUAUAUUCAUUAUCAUAUUCGAUUGCGGUACAGCAGUCUGGGCAAACUGGGGGUCCCCACCACUGCGCAGCUUAAGUACUGUACUAUUGGUUUCACCAGCGACCAUCUCUGAUUUCCUCGUUGAUAUCUAUGUGCUCCUUUUACCUCUACCAAUUAUAUGGAAGCUUCGGUUAUCUUUGAAGAAGAAGAUUGCGGUUAGCGGCAUCUUUCUUCUUGGAGCCUCGUAA